UUGGAGAUACAGAUCCAGGCAGCUGUCGACACCUCAACUUUUUUUCACCACAUCAACAUACUUGGCAUGCUUCUUCCUCGUCCGCCAGUGGCAAAGAUACACCGGGGAAUGUGAUCAAAACAGCACGAAGGGGAAAAGGAAGAAGGUGUUGUCAAGACUUUGGAUGAAAUUCUCUGGAAACCCUGAGAGAUGGUGUCAUCUUUGCCUCCAGGCAUCUACACACACACAAGAGAGGAUCCAAAUUUGGAGCUUGUGGCGGGAGGAUUUUAUACGCGAAUGUAUUUGUGCCAGGGUGUGAGUAUGCAUGUAACUUCAUCAGGCUGGGAAUAGUCCCACGGACUCUGAAACCUCUUAACCUCCUGGUCUGGACUGGCAGGAGAUGGUGUGUGUCAGCUGGUGUGUAUGUGUGUGCUAACAACUGGAGAUAACGGCUCUGAAGGGCGCACAUGGUUGUAAAUAACAACCGUUGAGUUGCUGUGAUUGAAAAGGAUCUUAAUGUAAUUUGGAAACAUCUCUCCUCCCUGUCAUGCACCACCAAGGAGGAUUACAGCCAACAGUGAGUGUGCACAUACAAGUGGAGUGUGUGCCGCAAAGGGGGUGGUGAUUUUCCACAUUGCUGGAUUUCUUAAUUACCCCUUUGGGUUCUGGGUAGCACGCCUGGAAUCAUUAAACACAAAAGAAAAGAAGAAAAGGAAAAAGAGAUGAUUUAAGUUUGACUUUUGGCUCGUGACACAGAGAUUAAUUGAAGGAGAAAGAGGUUGGAAGUUGAGACUGUGCAGGUCGGAGUCAUGAUGUGGAACUGUGCGAAGAAAGUGAAGGAAAACUGGGCUACGGCUGAACUUCCACCUGGAUCUAAUUUAAUUCCAAACGUUGAAUCUGAAUAGUUUAAAGCAUUUUAGCAUGUGUGGAGGUCUGGAUUUUGUAUUUCAAAUGUUAGGAUCUGGAUUUAGAGGAUCUGAGGAUUAAACCUUGGCUUUAAAAGACGUUUUCAUCAUAAACUCUCACAAUCUUGGACUUUCUUUCCCUAAAUGAGGAUGAGAGGGGGCAGGAGGUCCUCUUCCUUUCGAAAGGAGAAACCUGCGGGCCUGUCCCGGGCUCUCAGCUGGCUCAAUGUGUCCACCCUCUCCCGCCAGAGCAGGCGCAUCUUCCACAGCCAGAAUGAGCUCCACGCCGUCCACCACCGUCAAACUCACUCGUACUCGCACACGCACCUUCAUGCCGCAGACAAAGAUGAGCGGGAUGAUGAUGACAACUGGGUGUACCAACCUCAACACAAAAUAGCGGUGUCUAACCUGGACGAGGAGAGCAAGUGGACGGUUCAUUACACAGCUCCGUGGCACCAGCAGGAGAACGUCUUCCUACCAGGCAGCAGGCCGCCCUGCGUAGAAGACCUCCACCGCCAGGCCAAAGUCAACCUCAAGACCGCCCUGCGAGAAUGUGACAAGUUGAGGAAAGAUGGUUUCCGGAGCUCUCAGUACUACUCUCAGGGUCCAACCUUUGCUGACCCCUCACAGUCCACCAGCAGCCUGCAGGACGACGAGGAUGACGACAAUGAUAAGAAGUCCACAGCUUCAUCGGCGGAAGACAACAAAUCUCAGCUGUCCAUGAGGCCCCAGACCCCCCAAGGUGAAGGAGGGGAGGGGUCCGAGGUGGACGGACAGGUGGUAUGGAACAAGGGUGCGCCUCUCCCCACCCCAGAGGAGAAGAUGAGGCAGACAGCCAAGGCCGUGCCCACAGACAUAGUUGCCAUCAACGUCACAGGGGCAGUGUUUGACCGACAGGCGAGCAUCCGGCGCUCCCUCAUUAACACUGACACCGUGUCCCGCCGGCCCAAGAAGGUCAAACGCAGAAAGACUAUAUCAGGGCUGCCUGACAACUUCAACCAGGAGCUAGCAGCGAAAGGACACGGCGGAGAGCUCCGGCCACAUUCCAUGUUCAUCCCGGGACAGUACUCCACCUUGGGAAGAGUUGGAAGCGUCAACUCAACGCUCCGCCGUUCACAGACCAGAGACUCUGGCUGCCAGACAGAAGAAGUGAAGAUUGUACCGCCCUCCAUGAGAAGAAUUCGGGCUCAGAGAGGACAAGGAAUCGCUGCUCAAAUGGCCGGCAUUUCUGCUUCCUCCUCAACAGGAAGUAUAUCCAUCUCGAGUAGCGACAGCUCUGGGGUCUUGAUGAUGCCGCAUCACUUUAACGGAGAUCCUUCCCGCUUUCACAGUCUGCCCCGUCAAGGUGCCAGAGUGUCCCUCAGCGCUGACCCCAUCUAUAGCAGCACCCCGAUUAAGUCAGAGGAGCAAGCUACGCCUCAGAGGCAGAUCGGAAAGCUGCAGGUUGACGAUACAGCGGUGCACAUGAGAAAUGCUCCAAGGACAGGCACACUUCCCAGGCCCAAGUCUCAGGAGUUGAGGGGAACACAGGCCAGUGAUUGGGGUGGUGGUCCAGCGUGUGUGGUCUCGCCACACGCCGCCUAUUCCACCUCAUACAUCCCCAACGCCACCCUGUCUAGCUCCUCUGAGGUCAUUACCCUCAACACCUCCAGUCAAAUUUCCCACUCUCCAGUCUCUGCCUACCCCACAGCUCGGCCGCUCAGUCUGGCUUCCUCCACCAACACCUCCAGUCCAGCAGCCUUUGCCCAGAGCUCCACCUGCACAGCCUUGGCCACUUCGACCCUGACUCGUACACCACAGGACGGCAGUCUGGUAGUCGCAGCACCUGCUAGCGAGUCAGGGCACUCAGAUAGCAGUGUACACAGCCACAGUACCUUGGCUCCCACGCCGCCAUCUUGUCUGCCAGAGGAGCAGUGGAUCUACGAUACGCCAGAAAACGUAGUGGUUCCACAUCGCACUCUGACCUCCAGCUGCUCCACUCCUAUAAACCAGCUGUAUAGCAGCCUGGACCUCUCCUCCAGGACCACUACUGACUCCAGCUCCAUCUAUUCCCAAGACAACGAUGGAUACUACACUUCCAUGCACAUGGACUCGGGCCUGCGCUCUCGCAGCCAUGGCAGUCACGGUGCAGCAGCUGGACGGGCCACCAGGCACAGCAUGUACGAGUGUCGCGAGAUGGCCAAUCAGGAUGACUCUGGAAGCUUGUACAGCGAUCGCUCCCUGUCACGCAGCAUUUCCCUCCGCAAGUCCAAGAAGCCUCCGCUGCCCCCAGCUCGUACAGACUCUCUCAGGCGCAAGUCUGGUGCGAAAAAGCCCCUUGGAGGUGUCAGCGCCAUCAGCGGAGGUAACGAAGCAAAUGGAGCCAUGCUCAAUGAGACUCUGAUCGCUAGCUUGCAGCAGAGCCUGCAGAUGGGGCUGAGAGGAGGGAAAGGAAAAGGGGCUUCACCUUCUUCGCCCUCUCACAGCCCGAGCAGCGACUACGACGACCCUUGGGUGCUCCGGCCACGCAGUCAGAGUAGCAUCAGUGCAGGCAGCUCUGCGGCGUCACUGGCAGCCAACGCCAACUGUGGCGGCGUCUCUAACGUGUACUCGCUUUGUCACGUCACGCCUGCUCACAGUGAGACCAGCAGCUUGCGCUCGGACUACGCCGAUUCCUGGGGCUACUACAUGGACUACCCUCGUAACCACGGAGACCAAAGGGCGCAGACGCCUCCGGUCCACGUCGUAGAUAACAUGUCGGCCGGGGCUCACCAAGGUGAGCUACACAAUGGAGGUGAGAUUCACAGCCAGGCCCCAAGAGCUCCAGGCCAGGAGGGAGCUGUGGCAGUGAAGCCCAAAAUCUCCACCUCCUCACCGGACAGGGUGCACAGACUGACCUCUCCAUCCAGCGGCUACUCCAGCCAGUCCAACACCCCCACAGCUGGAACCCCGGUGCCCUCCUUCAUCAGGUCCAUGUCUCCUUCGGGCAGCCGGCCCAAGCCUAAAGUGCCCGAGAGGAAGUCAUCCCUCCUCUCCUCUGUAUCCAUCUCCUCCUCUUCCACCUCCCUUUCCUCCAACACCUCGGACUCACUUAAAAGCUCCGGACCUCCUCCUCCACCACCUCCACCCCUGCCCCUCUCCUCCUCCUCAGCUCCCAGCACUCCUCUCAGCGCACCUCCACCCUUCCCUCCACCUCUACCUCCAAGUGCGGGCACUCCUCUGCCAGCUCCCCCAUUACCAACUACUCCACAAGGUCCAACUCUGUCCCCACCCACUGCUUGCUCCACCUCCCCUGAAUUCCCACCUCCUCCAUCCCCUGAAAUGUUAAUCCACCCCAGUUCAUCCUUCAAUGGGAGCUUCAGUCCCCCUCCACCUCCUCCUCCUCCUGUCCCCUCCUUGGGGCCCCCACCACCUCCACCACUGCCUACUUUUGUCCCGCCGUCCUCCUCUCCAUCUUUUGUGAAGGCAGUGAAGGAUGCUCCUAAUCCAGCUCCUUCCAGCAGCCCCACAAAGUCAUCUAAGCCCCUGAUCACCCCAUUUGCGCUGCAGAGUGUUCAGCUCCGCUCUGUUAAACGGCCAGAAAAGGAGAUUAACGGCAAACCAGACCACACCAAAGCUCAGGAAACGGGGGUGGACCUCCUUCAGGAUCUAAAACCCCAGACUCUGGAGAAGUCUCACUCCCUGGAGCAUCCCACUGUGUUACCCCUGUCAAACUACUCCCCAGACGAAGAUCCACAUAACUCCUCACCAUCACCUGUGUCACAGCUCUUAGAAGAGUUGUCUUUAGACUGCAGUUUCACAGAUUACACACCAGAUAGCUCCGUCAUGAAUGGAAGCUACUUCCUCUUAAAUGGAAAAGCCAACGUCGAAUGGCGGGACUCGUUGCCCAGUCCCCAACAGAGCUCACAAAGCUCUCCCGUCAAACAGAAGCCUCCAGCAGUCUCUAAGAAACCCAAAAUUUCUUUUCUCCCACCAUUUAACUCUCAACCAAUGAACGAACAGCUUCCAUCUCAGCACGAGGAAGACCAAGUAGACGCGCCGCAGACAAGACAAAUAAAAGAAGAGGAGAAGGAGAGUAGAAGUGAAAAGGAAGAGGAGGAAACUUCAGAGAGCUCAGAGCCUUUCGCAGAGAGCAGCGAAACAUCCACAGUAAGCCAGGACGAGUCCCACAUCUCUGCCUUUGCCAGCCAGGAAACAAGUCCUGACCACGGGCCGCGUUCCAACGGAGAGGCUCAUGAAGAGGACGAGGAGGAGGAGGAGGAGGGAGAUGGAACAAGCAGCACGACUGGCUCCAUCAGCUCUAAGGAGGAUGACACCGGUGAGGUGUUCGACUCCAGCACGGCUGAAUCGUCUCCGGUCCCGUCAGCCAACGGGGAGAACAUGGUGACCCCGACUCCUUCGCGGGCCCGAACCACAGAGGACCUCUUUGCUGCCAUUCACAGGUCAAAGCGGAAGGUCCUGGGUCGCAAGGAGUCUGAGGAGGACAAAUCCCGGACUGGCUGCCACCCGCAGUCUCCACCCGUCACUCCCACAGCCAUGUCCCCAGGAUCGGUGUCCUCCUUGCCUCGGCAGACGGGCUCCAUCCAGCGCAACCUCCGCAAGUCCUCCACCAGCAGCGACACCUUCAAGGCCCUUCUCCUCAAGAAGGGCAGCCGCUCAGAGACCAGCUUCAGGAUGUCAGCCACUGAGAUGCUUCGCUCCACUGACCCUCGCUUCCAGAGAACACGCUCCGAGUCAGAGUUGGACCCCCCAGCUGCUUCGCCCUCCUCGCCAACCGCGCCCCACAGCCCCUUAACCUCCCCCGGCCGUGGCAAGAGGGCAACGGAUGAGUGGAACCGCUACGACGCCUUUUCUCUGUCCUCGCCGACUUCAUCGUCCUUCUCAAUGAGCGGGUUAAAGUACGGGCGCUCGCGCACGCCGCCCUCUGCCGCCAGCAGCAAAUACAACGCACGCAGCCGAAUCCUCAGCAGCCCAAUGACAGUAAUCUGUGAGCGCGAGGGGGAGCUGGCUGAGAGCGAAUACGGAGACACUGCAGAAAGUCUGUCUGGACCAGCAGCACAGACUCUCCCUGUGCUCAAAGACUCCAAUGGCACUUUAUCUGAAGAGAGCAGAAGUUAAAGAGCAAUGACGGCCCCUUAGACAGAGGGAGCUGAACUCACUCAUCAUAACCAGGGUAUGGGGACAGGAAGAGGAGCCCAUAGAAGGCCCUCUUAAAGACACCUUCCUGAGCCCCACCCCCUCUGCGCUGCCGCUGAGGGAGUGGACAUGUCGGGUCCUGAUGUGAGGUCAGAGGUCGCCCCAUCAUGGACCGGGCUAAACUGAAGUGAAGAACCGGUUCUGCCGCAGAUUCUCAUCAUCUCCCAUGAUUCUUACUCUCUCUUUCGUUUGGUGACUCACCCUCUGUGUUAAAAGAAUCGUGUUUCUUUUACGCCCGGUGUUUUUAGUUUGUUUUACAUUUGUUUUUUUUACUUUACCUUGUCUUUAACACACGCAGGAACCCUUUAGUUACUUUGCACGUCGAGGUUAAGAUGGCAAACUAAGGUGAAUUGAAGGAAUCGAAAAAGUCACGAGCUGUUUGCUUCACGUUGCUGCCGUGGUGCUACAUAGCUAGGCAGUUGGAAAGAGUGGAACAAGGCGCUCGCAUUGUGAAUCUUCAGCUUCAGUGUCUCUCCUGUUGGCUCUGGAAAGUGUUUGAGAGCACCACGAUUUGCAAGUUUUGGCUUCAAACAGCCUCAUGAUGAUGAUAAUAACAUGGAAAGAACUUGAGGACGUGGUACAACUUCAGCUACGGUUAUCAGCAGGUUUUUUGCUUUCUGCUCUUAGGUCAGCUGGGUUAGUUUGCAGAGCUGGUGUGUUCAGGGGUCCAGAGGAAGUGCAGAGGGUUCAGUGCUGCCACCCAGUGAUGGACAGGAAGUGACACAAAGUGUUGGGUGUUAAAUAACUAUUUAAAAAAAAUCAAUCAAAACAGCAGAUUUACUCUUUACUCAUAUAAAACCUCCAUGAAAUGAAUUCUAGUUUGGACAUUUCGCACUGUGCAUAGGUGUUUCUCAUUGUUUGUGAGUUUUUUUAUGUUUUAGAGAUUGUUUUUAAUAAACAAGUGAUGUCAUGACUUGUGUUUGGGAGUUAAGUAUGAAUCUAUAAAUGUAAAGACAUUAGAAUAAAAAUCUAAUUUUACUGUCUGGGUCUUUCGGUGAUCAUGAUAGCUACCAAAGAACUGAAAAAUGAAUCUGCACGUGAACACAAUCGGAGAGAGAUGCGGCCGCUUGUCUGACACAUGCAUUUUGGUCCAGCUGUUGCUGAAGUUUGCUGAGAUCUAAUAGAAGUUUUUAGGGCUUAAAUGAUUUCUAUAAUGCUGUUAUACUUUUUUUUUUUUUUUGCAGUUCUGUAUAUAAAUCCAUAGAGAAAGGAGUUUUAAGUGUACAUUUUUAGAGCCCUGUGUUUGCUGGAAAGGGAGUGUUUUCCUUUUUCUUUUCUUUUUUUUUUUGGUAGAUUAUUUAUUUUCACAUAGCAGAGCUGCAAUACAUCACGAUCAGAGCCGACCAGCAAGAUGAUGAAGGCGCGAGGAAGGGCCACAUUUACAACGCUGUGACCCCACCAGGCCAUUUCUUUCCUUUUUUAAAAGGUGCUUUAAACUUAGAAAAAAAUGCAAUAAUGUCAAUAUUUAUGCUUCAAUCCUAAAUCUACUGCCCUUAAUCUCGAGUCAUGCAAACUGGUGCCCACAGCUGAGUAAAUGUGGUCUCUUCGGGGUCAUAAACUGAGGUGACAGGCGUGAGACUUCAUAACCUCCACAACAUCCCAGUGGUUUAAUCACCUGUGACCAAAAGUGUGUCUCCCAGCUCCUCGCCCCCCCCGGCCGUGAUUGAGCACUCGGUGGGGCCCGGAGCUCAUCUCAUGACAGGAAACGUCUCAAUCUCACAGAGAGAGAGAGAGAGAGCUUGUGAAACGACGAGGCGACAGAAGAAGUCGUGAAGUAGUGGGGAGUGGUGCUGAAGGCAGGCUGCUAACACUCUUGUAUGUCUGUGUAAUAAAAACAAGGUGAUAUUUAAA